GGAUGAGCGCAGUGUUAGCAUGUUCACAAAACGGAAGUGGUGGUUUAAACCCGAUGUCGUUUACCGAUCCGCACGGUAAUGUUUUAUUGGAAAGGUUGCGCUAUCAACGUGAUACGGGAAGAUUUUGCGAUGUAUAUUUAAUUGUUAAAGACAGGCGUUUUUCUGCGCAUCGAAAUAUUCUGGCGGCCUGUAGCCCUUACUUUGAUUCGAUAUUUAAAAACUCAAGAGUUGUUAAGGAGCAGGUUACUGUUAAUUGUCAGAAUCCAGCUGUUUUUGAGCAGCUUUUGAACUAUAUGUAUAGUGGUAGCGUUGUAAUUGAUCGAAGUAGCGUAAUGGAUCUCUUGAGGUUCGCCAAUAAUUUCUUGGUAACGAAAGUGAAGAACUAUUGUGCUGAGUACUUGGUAAGACACAUGGAUGCAUCGAAUUGUACGACGAUAAAGGAAGUGGCACUGAAAUACAAUUUACCAGCAUUGAGAGAUAGCGCAAUGAGUUUUUUUGACGUACACAUAAAUAACUGCUUACUUGAAAGUGCAGAUAUGACUGAUUAUACAUUUGCGCAAAUCAAUGCCCUCUUUUCGGAUCCACGAUAUAUAGAUGCUAUAUCCCCGGAUGUCCAUUUUAAGUUCAUCAUCCGUUGGGUGGGUCAUGAUCCUGCGGGAAGGGUGUCCUACUUCAAGGAGUUACUGCAGUCAUGUCAACUGAAUAUGGUGCCAUUGACAACUGUAGAAAACAUGUUGGAUUGUUCUCCUUUUUUAGCCAAUUAUUUGCGAGCGCGAUUUAUUCUUCUGAAUGCCAUCUAUAAUAAUUCUGUCCAAAUUCCGAAGUAUGAGGCCCAAUAUCGAAGUUUAAUUGAACAGUUUGACGACAAUAUGUAUUUUAAUAAUCAGCAGAUGGUGUUUGCAAGUAACGAGAACCAGUCCACAGACGGCCUUCAGUGCAAGGAGCAACUUUCUGGUUUAGAAGGAGCUAACGCCAUAAGGCAGGACCGGGGAACUGUGAUCUUUGAAGAAGUGCCAGGGCAAUCAAAUGUUUUGGAUACUUCUGCCAGUGAGCAAGGAGUAAAUUAUCCCUCGGUGCCAAAGUUAUGUUGUGACAAUAGUGUUGAUGGGAUUCGGCCGUCAUUGAAACUGAAAAUUCAAUUGAAUACAGCGAAUAUGACAAGCAAAAAAAGCCGUCUGCUAGGAAAGACAAACGCUGCUGCAGAAAGACAUAAAUUGUAUAGAAAGAGUGUUACAGCAGCCAACCAAAUGCUUGCGAAGAGACGCGGAAGGCCGCCUAAAAAUCGCGAAAUGUUCACGAAGCUAGAUCCUCAGUUUGGUGAUGAUUCUGUAUAUAUGUGUGAGUCGGAUUUUUUGAACGACUCUACGGGCAGUGAAGUUGACCAGACAGUGUUCGAAGAACCUGAUGAAGUGGAUCCUCUGUUACUUCAAGAUGAAGUUAGUUGUGCAGAUGUAGCCAUGGAGGGUCAAGUAGCUCACAACACUUUUAAAUGCAAAUAUUGCGAAUUUCGAGCCAUACAAGAAAAAUCGUUAAGGAGUCAUGUUAAUCGCGUGCAUGCUCGUAAUUUAGGUUACGCUUGUGGAGUUUGCAAUUUCCAGUGUCGUUGGAAUAAGGAGUAUUAUGACCACAUGAAAACGCAUUACCAGGGUCCUCCGUUCCACUGCGAACAAUGCAGUUAUGCCGAUGACCGGAUGCAUAAUUUCCUCGUUCACCGUCUUUCGCAUACCACCUACGAAAUUAUUUCCUUUACACUUUUCCGGCUUCAGCAAAGAUUAUUUCUAGAUGAGGAAAGGCCGUUAAAGUGUUUGCUUUGUGUGUACACGUCGAGAUCUAAAUCGAAUAUGAUUGCUCAUCUGAGUGAGCAUACGUCUGAAAAGCGGUUUCAUUGUUUUGAAUGUGGUUGUGGCUUUACAACACAGGAGGAACUCAAUGAACACUCGUCUGCACAUGUAAAUCCAAGGGUUUUUCAAUGUCCUCAGUGCAAAUUCUCAACGAAAUACCAAAGUCAUUACAUAUCACAUCGCCGUAUUCAUUCUGGCGAUGUAUUCCACUGCCAUUAUGAAGCGUGUACUUAUUACUCACCAAAAAAAAGCCAACUUGCUGCUCAUUUGAGGUCGGAUUACUUUUUUUAUAGAACUCACCUUGCUGUUCGAUCUCACCAGUGCAAAAUAUGUAAUCGUUCCUUUAUAGAAAAAUCUCAUCUUGUGCGCCAUGAAAGGAUUCAUUUAGAAGAUAAACCAUUCAAUCGUUAUUUUCAUGGCCUAAUAUGUGACAAUUGUGAUUAUGCAUCGUCUCGGCGAGACAAGUUGAAAGAGCACAUACAAAAGCAUCACAGCAGUGGAGCAGUAGGCAAACAACAUCGACGAAGAUAUAGGCGUGCAAAAGAAUUACUCGCUGUGUGUAACAAGACACCAGCUAAUUUUGAAAAUCUCUUUCAACCAAUACCGCAAUCAGAGUUUGUUGGGAGUUCUGGAAACAGUCUCGGUGUUUCCACACCGGCAAAUAAUGGUAUAAUUCAGCAGCAACAAAAACAGCAAAAACGGCAGGAACAGCAGCAAGGGCGACAGCAACAGCAAAAACAGCAGCAAGAACAACCACAGCCACAGACUUCUGGAGAAUAUAUUUUGACAGGGAUGAGUAAUCUUGGUCAGAGCCAUCAGACUCUACAAGUACCUGCCACUCUUAACGCUGCACAGCCACAAAUCCCUUCUAUGUUAAAUUUUGUCCAGAUGUCGACCCUCCCAAACCUAGGUGGCCGUCCGUCUUCCGCAAUGCUUCCUCAAGCUGUGGUCAACAACCCUGUGUCGCCAAGUACAUUAAGUCUUCAUAAUUUCCAUUCAGCUUAUUCUGACUCCCCAAUUACGAGCAAUAAGGAUUUAACUUUAUCGAAUGCACUUCUUGAUUCUGGUUCUCUAAGGACUCCCGUGUUAGCUCACACUUCUUCACCGCAUAGUAUUGCUGGAUUGGAAGGAUUUGAAAAUGGUUCCGGGUGGCAAGAUAUCCCUCGGCCUAUGAGUGAGCCAUCUUAUUUAAUGCAGCAGCAACAGAGUGGUGAUCUUGCUGGCGAUGAGACGUCAUGGCAUGAUGCACCACUUUGUUGAAG